AUUUUAAAUUUUAUUUAUUAUUUAAUUCUUAUUGUUAUAGUUUUGUUAAGAAUUGCAUUUUUUACUUUAAUAGAACGAAAAAUUUUAGGUUAUUGUCAUAUUCGGAAGGGGCCUAAUAAAGCUGGAAUUCAAGGUUUAUUUCAACCUUUUAGUGAUGCUUUAAAACUUUUUAGAAAGGAAAUAAAUUUUAUAUUUUAUAUAAAUAUUAGUAUACAAGUUAUUUCUCCUUUAUUAAUAAUUUCAUUAAUAAUAAUAAUAUGAAUAANUUUUUAUUAUUAUAAUAAUACUAUAAAUAUAAAUUUAAGAGNUAAUUUUUUAAUUUGUAUUUCUAGAUUGAGAAGCUAUACUAUUUUAUUUAGAGGAUGAGCUUCUAAUUCAAAAUAUUCUCUUAUUGGAUCUUAUCGAGGAUUUGCUCAAGUAAUUUCUUAUGAAGUAAGUUUGUCUUUAAUUUUAAUUAGAAUUUCAUUAAUUUCUGAAAGAUUUAAUAUAAAAAAUUUUAUUAUAAUUCAAAUAAAAUAUCCAUUAAUGUUUANGUUUUUUUUUAUUUUUGUUUUAUGAGUUUUUACUAUUUUAGCAGAGACAAAUCGAGUUCCUUUUGAUUUAGCUGAAGGAGAGUCAGAAUUGGUUUCUGGAUUUAAUAUUGAGUAUGGUUCAUGAUUAUUUGCAAUUAUUUUUAUAUCUGAGUAUGGGAGAAUUAUAGUAAUUAGAUACUUUUCUGUUUAUUUAUUUUUAGGUAAAAUGAUUAUAAUAGAGUUAUUUGUAAUUUUAUUAAUAACAGUAUUUGUAUUAAUUCGAAGAACUUAUGUACGUAUACGUUAUGAUCAAUUAAUAAUAUUAGCUUGAAAAAUUAUUUUGCCACAAAGAAUUAUUUAUAUAUUUUUGGUAUUUUNUCUUUUAAUAUAUAUAAACAAUUUUAUUUGCAUCANUUUUUGGAAUUAUAAAAUUUAA